AUGGAGCCAUGGACCACAACCCUGAGUCCCGGGGAAUCUACGCCCUCUUCCGGAAAUGAAUCUCUGGAUCAAACAACCUGGUCAUCCGAGCCGGUGACGGAGACCCCCUGGGCCGUGGAGGAAGAAUACUAUUACACCUACAUCUCCUACCUCAUCUGUGUGCUGGGGCUCAUUGGGAAUGGACUCCUCAUAUGGUUUCUCAUCUUCUGCACCAAGAGGAAGCCAUUCACCGUCUACAUUCUGCACCUUGCCGUUGCUGACUUCACGGUCCUUCUCUUCUCAUCCCUCAUCGAGCUGGUGGACACCUUCCACUUCGAUGACGCCACCUUGGAGACCUAUGCGGUGUUUCUGGUGAUCUUCGGUUACAACACGGGUCUGUACCUCCUGACGGCCAUCAGCGUGGAGCGGUGCCUGUCGGUGCUGUACCCCAUCUGGUACCAGUGUCGACGCCCUCGGCACCAGUCUGCCGUGGCCUGUGCGCUGCUGUGGGCUCUCUCCGUGCUGGUGUCCGGGCUGGAAAACUUCUUCUGCCUUCUGGACGAGGAGCCGAGCAUCCCGGAAUGUCGGAACGCGUACAUCUUUUCCUGCGCCCUGACCUUCUUGGUCUUCGUUCCUCUGAUGGUCCUCUCCAACCUGGUCCUCUUCCUGCGCGUCUGCUGCAGCCUGAAGCCACGCCGGCCGGCCAAGCUCUACGUGAUCAUCCUGGUCACCGUCGUCCUGUUCCUGGCCUUCGCCAUGCCCAUGAAGGUCCUGCUCAUCAUAGCCUACUAUUCCUACCCGAAUAACAGCCGCUCGGUUGGUGUGCUCCUGCCCUCUCUGAGUCUGCUGUCCACUGUUAACUGCAGCGUCAAUCCACUCGUCUACUUCGUGGUAGGAAGUCUGAGGAGGAAGAAAGGCAGGAAGUCCCUGAAAGAGGCAUUGCAGAAAGUCUUUGACGAGAGGCCCGCGGCGGGCGCAGGUGGGAACGCUGCACGGUCCUCCCAGGCCGUGGUCGAGGGGCGGAGGCCUGGCCGGGCUCCAGCGUGGGGAAGGGGGCCUCCAUUCUGAAACGCCCUAGUGGCUCCCCAAGAUUAAAAAGAAACCCCUUCAUUCCUCCUGGGAAUUGUCCACAUGAUCGACUUGU